AUGCUUUUGAGUAACGAGCAGUACCUGGCUCAACUAGCAGAGCACUUACAGCAGUUGGAAGGAAAAGGAGCUAGUUCCUUGUAUUUGUCCCAAAAGAAAAAUCCAGCCUCUGGUGAUGAACAGAAUACCAAACCAUCAAUCUUACUUAGAGCUAAGAAUGGAGCAAACUGGAAAAUCUCGACAACUGUAGAUGCCGAGAACUUUACAGAAUUCUUUGGAAAAUAUACAGAGGUUUGCAAAGGUGGAAUGAUUGGGUUGAAGAAACGUGACCGAAAGAAAAACAAGAAGAAAAAGAAAGCACCUACAGCAUCCACUGCAUAA